AUGGUCGGAGGUUACCAAGAGUUUAAAGCAGGAAUCAGGUUUUGGAAUGAUUAUUGGUGUGGAAAUAUUCGUCUAAAAGAUGAGUUUCCUCGGAUAUACAGGCUGUCACUCAAUAAGGAUGGAUUACUCAAGGACUAUGUGGAUGACUCUGGCCCUACUAAGCAUUGGGUGUUCACAUUCAGGAGGCCCCUUUUUGACUGGGAGAAAAGCGAACUACUUAGACUCAAUACCACCCUAUGUCCAACUCCCAUACUUAACCUGGAAGCACAAGACAAUGCAGUAUGGUCAGAAGCUAUUGCAGGGCAAUCUCUUGUCUCGCGAAUUGGUAUCUUAGAUGGAUCUGCCUCUACCCUAUGCAUAUUCUGUCAAGCACAGCAGGAAACAGCAGAACAUGUACUCAUCUCCUACCAUCUGGUAUGGAAAGUUUGGACUGGGUUGUUACAGUGGUGGGGGACUACUUGGGUUGUCCCAAAUUCUGUCUCAAACCUGCUACUUUGGUGGUCAGGUUUUGAUUGCAGAAAGUCCGAACGUCGAAUAUGGAAUGCUAUUCCUCUUGUAACUCUAUGGUCCAUCUGGAAACAUAGGAACGAGUGUCUCUUCCAAGCAUCUUCGCCAAAUCUGCAGGAGCUGCAAGAGCUCAUUGUCACCAGGAUUGCCAUUUGGUUGAAAGCUGCGUCCACGAAGCUCCACUUUUCGAUCAAUGAUUUUCUGCACAACAUCUCAGCUAUUAGGCAUUGCAUCAACGAAGGUUAA